AUGCAUGGAAGGAACUCUUUGAUUGCGGCUUUCGUGCUCCUCUUCCUCUCUGCUCCCACAGGGCUGGCACAGGACCUUUCGAAUGAAUCUUCCAAGAGAAAAGUGGACGGGCAGAAUGUGCCCAAGCUGACACUGCAGCUGGCAGAUCAGCAAGCCUUCUUGGACAGGCAUGGGAGCAAAGUGGGGCUGCACGCCAGAAACAUCCGCAGCAUCGCCGCACCAGGGUUCAAGGAGAGCCUGGCGGAGGUUGCGCAGAGCAGCAGGAGGAGGGCACGCCGUCUGACGGCCCUGCCGCCAAUGCCAGCUCAGCCGGCCCGGCAGGCGCCUGCAGCUGACCCCGGCGCAGCUCUGGGCCCUGCACCGCCGCAGCAAGCACAGGCCGGCACAAUCAUCAAUGCACCGCUUGGGAAGAAAUUCCUGUUGACAGCAGACCACUGCUUUGUCGACAAGGUGGACAUUUCAAAUUUCCAGUGGUGGCUCCUCAUCUUCAACUAUGAGACCCCCUGCAGAUCCAAAGACCGCCCGCCUCCCAUCAGACAAGUCAUACAGGGCACGAAGCUGCUGUUCUAUGACAGCAAGUCGGACGUGUUGCUGCUGGACAUUCCCAACGCCAUCCCCGAUAACUUCAAGGCCUACAAGGUGGGCUUUGACGCUGAGGAGGUCACGCCCCAGCGCGCCAUCUCCAUCCACCACCCUGCCGGCAACAUCAAGCGCAUCUCCUACGCCAACUCCACGGACUCGAUCACGACGAAUUUCCAGGCACCGACCUUCUCAGAGGACAUCCACCCCACCAAUCAAACCCACUUCCAGGUCAAGUGGACGCAGGGGGCCACGCAGGGGGGUUCAUCUGGGGCAGCGCUGAUAGAUGCUGACUCUAGGAAGGUUGUGGGCAUCCUGACUGGGGGGACGACCACCUGUGACAUCUUCAGCGGGGCCGACUACUUUGGCAUGCUCUCAGUGGCGUGGCGCAACGGCCUGCAGAAUUUCCUGUCGGACGCGCCGAGCCUGACAGACAGCGGCCAGGGGGGAUUGAGCACGGUGACUCAGUACGCCGGAGGGGUGGUUGUUGUUGAUGCGCUGGAGGGAACGCCCCUGCCCCACCACGGCCCUGCUAUCAAUUUCUGGCCCUCUGUCUUCGUCAUGGGGCCAGAAAACGUCACCCGCGUCGCUUUCUAUUUGACGGACUCGCCAGCGCCGAAUGAGGUGAUUCAAACGACCAUUGUGGUCAAGGGAGACCUGCCAGGCAAUCAGAUCAACCCGGCGCCCUACAUCACCCUCUCAGAAUACAGCUUCAAUUUCACGACAGACAAUUGCUGCCAGCUUGCACAGCCUCUUGCAGUUACCACAGCGCUGGGAGCAUCAGUUCCUGGAGACCUGCUGCGGCUGCAGAUUGUGUUCUGGCUGACCAGUAGCACAAACGCCAGCUACCUCCAUGUCUCCACCAUGAAGGGCAUCAUUCAGAGCGGGUUCACAAGCUGGACCACCCUGCAGCCUGUGGCCUGCCUCAAGGCUCCCUGCUACUUCACAGACCCGAUUCUGGCAACAGCGCCACCCACUUAUCCCCUGCCCACGAAGGCGGUCUUCCGGUACGCGCCCACGAGCGAGACAGCUGUGGCGCAGGACGUGUGCCUGCAGGACGGCUUCCUCGACCUUGCCACCAUCUCAGUCUACAUCAACGGCACAUUCACAUGGACGCUUAGCCAGUCGUUUGACAACUCGGAGUGCGUGCACAUCCCCGCGCUGGAGGUGCCGGCCGGCAUAGCGCUUUACACGGUGGUCUCCGAUGCCGACGACUACGAGGCCGUGCUGCCCAUUGGCGCGGUCAAGUCUGUGGCCAUCCGCGAGACGGCCCCGCCGCCGGCCGUCGCGCAGAACCGGCCCACUGCCGCCGCCGAGAUUGUCGCCGCCGUCAACGCCGCAUGGCAGCGCGACACCUCCGCGCCGCCCCCUGCGGUCCCCCCUGCCACAACCGCCCGCGCCGGUCCCCACGGUGCCGCGGCCGGCGGCGGCAACGUCCCCUCCGCCGCCCCCGGCCCCGGGAUCGCGGCAGCCGGCGCGGCCGGAAGUGCGGUGCAGCCGGCGGCGGGAAGCAACGCCGCGGCGCAGCCGGCCGGGGGUGCGCAGGACAAGGCGGUGACGGCGUCGUCGACGAGCGGUACAAACCCCUUUGGAGGGGAGAAGGGCGGCCAGGCAGAAGCUGCGCGAGCGUCGAGCGGCGCGCCGCCGGCCAGCCCGCAAGGAAAGUCAGGCGCGGGUGACUACAUGGACGGCGCGUCCGCGGCCGUCAUUGCGAUGCCUAGCGCAUCCCUUAACUCAAACGGACGAUAGUAGACUGCCAUUUCUAUUCUUAUUAUAAUUCCGUAAGGCCACAAGUCUCGUCUUCUGGUGCAUGCAUGUCAACCAGCACAUACACUAUUCUUUCUGGAAAGACCUUGAUAGCAUGCAAUGUGUGCCACGGAGUGUGUACUCUCUAUUGAUUAAUUCUGUGCCAAUGCAAGAUCAUUAGUUAAAAAUGAGCUAAUUUGUCGGUUGGGAAUGGGAACACAAUAAUACUGAGCAAGCAGCACUUCUCAAUGCAAUUUUGUGUACAAUGCAAUUCUUUGUUGGGGGCGCUUGCCCACUGCUUUUGAAAGAUGUGCUAUUGAGUGCUAGUGUCAAGCAUUGCUGCAAUAAAAUUCAAUGGAAUGCUUAUGCUGCAAAGGUGCAGAUGGUCUUGAAAGCUGGGGAGGAAUAGUGGCGGAUUAAUAUGUGUAAGAUCUUGCUUGC